UUCCGGUGCGAGACGUAAUGAAUACACCCCUUGUUCAGUGUACGUCUCCCUCGACGUGUUUUGUUAUUGUGGAAUCCUGUCAAACACACGGAGAGGCUCAAAGGUUUCAAUUGAUUGAGUGGACGGCGCUGUGCUUAGCCACCUUUUAAAAUUAUAUAUAAUCUAACUUACAUAUUUAUUUUUGUUUGUUGCUAUAAAGCUCCCCCCCAAAAAAAACUCCGCUCAAUUCGACGCCAUGGACGUUGGUCAAGCAUGCCCCCCUGCCCCCACUCUCUCUCUUGACCCAGACAUCAACCUGAACUCUCCCAACAAGGGCCUGGGCCCUGCAGGAGGAGCAGACCCUCGGACUGAUGUCCCCGUGGAGUGCGGAGCCGUGGGGGUAUCCUCCAUCAACACGCUACCCCCGGGGCUCACAGAGGAGGAGGCUGAGGAGAUCCGCUCCGAGCUCGUCAAGGUGGAAGAGGAGAUCAGCACCCUGAGACAGGUGCUCCUGGCCAAAGAGAAGCAUUCUGCUGAGCUAAAGAGGAAGCUGGGGCUGAGCCCCCUCAACGAGCUCAAACAGAACCUCACCAAGGGAUGGCAGGAUGUCCAGACCUCUAAUGCAUAUCUCACAGCGUCUGCAACUUUGGAUGAAAUUGCCAGAUCUGAAGCGUACAAGAAGACUCAGGAGACCCUGUCUGUGGCGGGACAGAAGACCACUGCUGCCUUCUCCACCAUGGGAACUGCCCUCAGCAGGAAACUGGGAGACAUGAGAGCGCUGCCGUUCUCUAACUCCUUUAGUAGCAACUACUCCAUCCGCCAUUCGAUAAGUAUGCCAGCGAUGAGAAACUCUCCAACCUUCAAGUCGUUUGAGGACAAAGUUGGAAACAUCAAGUACAAGGUGGUUGGAGCCAGAGGUAACGGUGAAGCUGUCCAGUCCCCGACCGACACGAACCCUGUUCAGGACAACGCACCCUUCUGAAGACCUCCCCUCCUCCUCUCUCUCAUCACCGGGACUGUGACAUCAUUAAGCGCCUCAUCACUGAGUGACACAUGACCUUUGGCCUAAAGAAGUCACCCUCUAAUCUCCACAUUACUCACUACUGCCUCCCUCGCCUGACCUGGAAAACAUAGUGCCCUAUAUCAUUAAUACUACGGCCCAGUCCUAAAUCACCCCCUAGCCCCUACUCCGUAGCCCCUACCCUCUCACUUGUGGAGAACUGAAAGGACUGGAGGGAUGUGUGCAGUAUGACAACAAUUCCACCUAUGCUAUGACAGGUCAAGGUGGGAGCCACUACUAUAUUGUUUAAACCAAUAGGUUGAUUUGGUGCAUAUUGCUUUUACUCUUAUCUAGUUCCUUCAGAUCUCCACAAGUGCCUAGGAGGUUAGGGGCUAAAGGUACGUUUGGAAUCUCCCUCCUCAGCCCCCCUCGCCUACCAAGAGCAUGUGCAUAUCUCAUCUCACUGUGCAAAUACAAACUACCGCAAAAUACAACCUGAGGUUACAUAACAUCAACUCACCACAGCUUGUAAAAAAAUAUUAAAAAAGACAACUACGGUAAACCAUUUUGUAUUAUAAAAUAAUUUUACACUGCUUUGCAUAAUGUUUUUACAUGACUUAUCUGUAUGUAUAAAUAUAUAUAUAUGAAUAAAUAUAUUGUGAACACAUACGGCCAGUUGGCAUUCAUCGGUAGGUAUGGCUGACGUGGAGGCUCAAAUCAAAAGGCAGAUAUAUAAAACACUACGACUACAACAAUGAUCAGUUUGGUGCCCUGCUGAGUGUUCGAAUUUCAGUUUGGUGCCCUGCUGAGUGUUCGAAUUUCAGUUUGGUGCCCUGCUGAGUGUUUGAAUUUCAGUUUGGUGCCCUGCUGAGUGUUCGAAUUUCAGUUUGGUGCCCUGCUGAGUGUUCGAAUUUCAGUUUGGUGCCCUGCUGAGUGUUCGAAUUUCUGUUUGGUGCCCUGCUGAGUGUUCGAAUUUCUGUUUGGUGCCCUGCUGAGUGUUCUGAUUUCUGUUUGGUGCCCUGCUGAGUGUUCUGAUUUCUGUUUGGUGCCCUGCUGAGUGUUCUGAUUUCUGUUUGGUGCCCUGCUGAGCGUUCGAAUUUCUGUUUGGUGCCCUGCUGAGCGUUCGAAUUUCUGUUUGGUGCCCUGCUGAGUGUUCGAAUUUCAGUUUGGUGCCCUGCUGAGUGUUCGAAUUUCAGUUUGGUGCCCUGCUGAGUGUUCGAAUUUCAGUUUGGUGCCCUGCUGAGCGUUCGAAUUUCAGUUUGGUGCCCUGCUGAGCGUUCGAAUUUCUGUUUGGUGCCCUGCUGAGUGUUCGAAUUUCUGUUUGGUGCCCUGCUGAGCGUUCGAAUUUCUGUUUGGUGCCCUGCUGAGUGUUCGAAUUUCAGUUUGGUGCCCUGCUGAGCGUUCGAAUUUCUGUUUGGUGCCCUGCUGAGCGUUCGAAUUUCUGUUUGGUGCCCUGCUGAGCGUUCGAAUUUCUGUUUGGUGCCCUGCUGAGUGUUCUGAUUUCUGUUUGGUGUGCUUCUACAAUGUGGAAGCAAGGCUUUAGUGUAAAGACCAGUUUCUACCUUCAUCAGAUAUCUUUAGGCCUCUUUCAGUCCUAUUGCUUUCUGUUACUUUGCUGGUAUAAAAUAAAUGUAAAAACAUUUUCUAUUCUUUCUUAAUCUGGAAGUUGUAGAAUAUCGUUUAACCUGGGAGGUGUUUUCUUUCUCUUUUAUUUUUUUAGGCUCAAGUGUUUACUGUUAUAGUGCCACAUCUGAAAUGAUUUAACUGUCAAAUACAGUCCAGACAGCU